AGUAAGGCAUGGCGUGCUUGGGUAACCUUGAACCAGUGCAAAGACUGGUGUGUACCGAGGCAGGUCGGCGUGUUUCUCGUUGACGGCCGCACCAGCUGUAUCUCGCUAUCUGGUGUACACGUGAUCCACCAUGUCUAACCUAGAACUGAAGCUCUUCUACUUCCGCAACAAGGGCCGAGCAGAAGUAGCUCGACUUCUGCUGGCUGCCGCGGAGCAGACGUAUGAAGACAUUCGUAUGACGGACGAAGAAUGGCUCAAGUUCAAGCCGUCAACACCCUAUGGCCAGAUACCAAUGUUGGAAGUAAAUGGUGCCAAAUUCGUUCAAAGUUUGGCCAUCAAUUCCUUCCUGGCUCGCGAGUUCGGUUUCAGUGGGAAAAAUAAUUUAGAAAAUUUUAAAAUCGACGAAAUUAUUCAUUUGAUUGAAGAUUAUUUCGCCGCGUGUGUGUCGAACAUUUUCUACCCAAAGACGGAUGACGUAAGAGCAGCAGAAAGGAAAAAACUCAUCGAAGAAACGGGCCCGCGGUUGUUGGGGUUUUUGGAAGGAAAUCUACAAAAAUCUGGCACGGGAUUUUUCGUGGGAGACAGAAUGACACUGGCAGACGUCGCAGUGUUUGACGCGGUCACUGGAAUGCUAGCCGAGUUUCUGAACGUCACUGAGGCGUAUCCACUUUUGCAGAAAAACAUAGAGAUGGUCCGAUCUAUUCCUGGGAUAGCGCGUCACAUGGCAACACGGCCGAUAACUCCGCAUUAAAAAAAAAACAAUGUAUUUUUAGAUUACUACUGUAUUAAACAUUAUAGAAUUGUAAUAGCUUUUUGUACGUUGAAAUAAAUUUGGUUCAACAUGUCGUGUCUUGUCAUCUAAAAUAAAUAAACACUGCCACAAUG